UUGAUUAAUAUAUAACGCCGAAAUGGAAAGGAGCAAAUUAUUUUGGCAUUUGAUUCUUCUUGUGAUAUACAUAACAGAUUCCUAUGCAGGGAAUUCCUCCAUCAUAAAUAAUAAUUCCAGUCCAGAAGAAUCGGAUCUUCUGAAAAAUGUGAUAACUGUUUUGGAACAAUUCGUGAAAGACCACGCCAUCAAAAUGGAAAUAAUUGAAGACAAACUUGAUACCAUGUACGAGAAACUCUUGCAUUGCGGGGCUAAAACUUCACUACACGCUUCACUAAAAUCGAAAAACAGCACAAUAAGGACAAGAAAAUAUGCCACUACAGCAGCAGAAACAACAAAACCAACCCCUGCCACAAUGGUGACAACUUCAAUGACACCAUCAUCAUCAGUUUCAUCAACAGGCAGCAGAGGGAAAGAAUUCCUUAUCCUAUUCAUGCGAAACUAUCCCUACGUAUCAGGGUCCGUAACAAUCUACAUUACAACAGACAAUAAUACAUCCGUUAAUAUCUCAACUUCCCCUAAUUUGAGAGCCAAGAUUAAAUCAGCAACGGACAGAAUUAUGAAUGUUUUUUCUUACUCCAGUAUCACACUCCCUUUCAAUCUGACAUGUGAAUACUUAACAAUUGAAGCCAAAGCCAUACUGCUACAGACAUCUGAAUUAUCGACCGUAUCUAUCUUCGAUAGCUUUUAUAAAAUAUCUAACGAUGGAACUCUAAUUAUACCAACAGAGAAAUUGUCAACGACAUAUCUUGUUUCGUCAACGAAGCCAUACUAUUCUGGUAGCAACGACUACUACAGCCAGUUUGCUAUUGCAAUCGCACAUGAAAAAACGAAAGUUAAGAUCAGAUUUAGAAUGAAGAGCAAUACUUCAAUUUCUCUACUUGGUGGAACAUACAAAGACCAGGACGUAUUCACAGUAUCUUUAGUUAAGUAUGAAACUUUGCAAAUUAGGCAUACUACUGACCUAACAGGAACAUUUAUUACAUCAUCAGAACCAAUAGCCGUUUUCUCUGGAAAUAGAUGUCAGCAUCUAAAACUUGGUGCAUGUAGUCACUUGGUAACUCAGUUACCUCCAACUACCGAAUUCGAUAACAAAUACAUUGUUCCCCCGUUCUAUGGUAACUCGAGGACAUUGAUUCAAGUGAUCAGUGAAAGUCAAAGUUCCGUUGACGUCACAAUCGGAAACCAGGAAUCAACGUGGCAUAUGAAGGAAAAAGAAUACAGAAACAUUGAAGUGGCAUCAGAUGAAAUAACUAUUUUAGAGUCAGAUAAUGCCAUCUUGGUAACUGGUUUCGGAAUGGGUUCAAGAAGUAACGACCCGUAUAUGACCGUCAUUCCUGGUGUCCAUCAAUAUGUUGACUACUAUAAGAUUGUUGUACCAGAUGGAUAUAUAAAUAACUACAUCUGUGUAAUAAUUCCGAACAAAUUUACCAAAUAUCUUCAGAUAAAUGGUUCCUCUUUUGAUUAUUACAAAACUGUCCAUCUGAGCUCUGCAGUCUUAGAUACUACCUUCAGCAUUCGUGUACUUGAAGUUAACAACGGACCCGUGGUUGUAUCCACAACUAAUAACGCAAAAUUCGGGUUAAUUGUUUACGGGCAUAGGGGUUAUGACGGAUAUGGAUUCGCUGGCAAUUAUGUACUUUCCUAAUAUUUUCAAGGAUGGUUAGAGGAUGCUACAUUUAAAUAGUUUAAAUUACAUUGAAUUUCAUCAUUUUAAAAUAUCAUUUUAAUAAAGUAUUAUAACUGAUGGAAGCAUCUGUAUUGCUACAUGUAAUCAAAAUCAUUAUGUUUUAGCCUUAUCGACAUGUGAUAAAAAGAGUAAAAUUUGUGUUUAACUGUAAACCUAUUGCCUUUGCAUGUAAUACUCACCUAUCAUUAUAAUCCUAGACGAUCGCAAAUAUAUGGUACAUGCGUGUCUCUGAAUCCCCUCACAGCUUAGUUGCAUGCAAUUCAAUAACAAUAUUUUCUCACUUUUUUCUCAGAAAUAUUAAAACGUUUAUAAAUAUUGAUUUAACUGCCCUCCUCCAUCUUUCCUGAAAGGGUAUUCCUUUUUAUCCUAUCUUUAGCAUUCUAUACAAAAUUAUAAAUUAUUAUGUUGUUCUCUUUGACAUAUUCUUCAAGAGUGUUUAGGAAAUCCUUGCUAUAUACUGUAAUUUUGAUCUGAAGAGGUUAUGCACAAUCUCUUUCUUUUCAAAAAUUGUUAAUUUUAUUUUUUUUUUCCAGGGUUUAAGAGUAUCAGCAAUUUUAUAUAGUGUUUUUUUUCCAUUCCGAUAUAUUCUCACAGAGACUUUUAUUGUGUCGUAAAUAAAUUCCAAGAGUUUUCACUAUGUCAUUUGUUACUUUAUUCCAAAGACAUUUUUACAUGUGAUAUCAGAGCUCGUGCACUUCAUUUUCAAUAUGCAAAUAAUUGUGUAUAUUUUGGUUUAAAUUAAUUAAACUGAGAACAUUUUAUUUAUUUAUGCGGUUUUAAGUUAUUUUGUAAAUACAACACACAUCACAAUUGCUUGUAAAUCAGUUCUAAUUGAUAAUUCAACAAUGAAUCAAACUGAGGUAACACGAGCAUAAACAUUUGAAAACUAUCACAUAUGUGUAUAAAUAAUGAAUCAAUACACAUUAUACUGUUCUGAUCAAUAAUGAUGAUUUGCUCAAACAUUUGGAAAUCAGAUGUGCUUUUCUCUACUAAUUGCUUAUACAGCAUUAAAAAACUGUUUUGAAAUCUCCAUUUUAUUUUUAAUUGUAAGAACACAAUGUUAUUAUUUUAAGCUUUAUACUAUCAUAAUUUUAUUGAUGCAGAAACAUACAUAAUUAUGAACAAGGGUUCUAUUAAGUGGGAUUACAUAAACGACAUCAGUAUAUAAUCUGUUAAUAUAAUAAAAAUUCUCAUAUUUGGUCACAUCAAAGUGUUUUCUUUUAAUAUUCUUCAUAAUUUUUACAACACCGACAGUGUAUAGAACUCCAUGAUUAUUUAUUUCUUUGGUACAUAAUCAGAAUACUUCAGUCUGUAUAGGAAGAUACCUGGGAUUGUUUCCUAUUUCUAACUUUUUCCUUAAUGCGCCUUUUCAUCGGAAUUAUAUAUUCUUCUGCAUCUCCUUUAUGACGUCUUCCUGUUGAUGAAGUCAAAUAUAUUUUUAUGUAUUCUUUAAAGGUGCUUGGACACAGAUUUGAAGUUAAUAUUUUCUCAAGUUGCUAUAGCAUUUCAAACGGAAAUAAAAUAAAAAAACGGAAAAAAUUAUUGAAACUACAAAUUUCGGGACGCGUUUGAUAUGAUACAUCCUAGAACU